CUCGCAUAUGACUUCCUGCCUACUUUGAGAUGCAGAAUUUUAGACAUUCUUCGAAUGUUAAACAUAGGACCGGGACAGAUGCUAGGCUGCAAGCAAUGUGAUGAAAAAUAUCUCACGGAUAAACAAUAACCCAAGACUUUAUACUCACAACAAUGAGACGAACGUUGAUUUUGAGUCGCUAGCACAUUCUUUUUGCUAUUUCCAUCGGCUGGUUACUCUGGCGUUUGGAAAGCUCUGGUCGCCAGAAGCUAGCCACCCUGCACCACAUAGUUAGCAACUAGUAAGCUAAUUUGGAGUGCAGUUGAUGCUUUAUAAGUAUUUUUGCCGAAUAACCAUAUGAAUUCCAUUUCGGCAGUAGUGCUGGAGCUUGUCGUUUCAAAAGAGAGCUAUCACGAAGCUGCCAGUUUCUUGCAGCGAUGGAGGAAGUUGACAGAAUUUUAAUUCAUUCGCUCAAGCAGGUUGGCACUGAUGUAGGAGAAGACGUGGACAGCGUGAAGCAGUUCACCAGUGAGCUGAUUGUGGAGGCUGUGGUGCGAUGUGUGCGUGUCAUCGACCCGUCGUUAGGCAGCGGCCUGUCCCACCUGCUGCCCCCUGGGAUGUCCGCCCGCUUCCGACUCGGCAUGAGUCUGGCCCAGGCCUGUCAGGACCUGGGCUACAAGGGGGAGAUUGGCUACCAGACGUUCCUGUACAGUAACGAGCCAGAGAUCCGCUCGCUGCUCAUGUUCCUGGUGGAGAAGCUCCCCAGAGAGAGUGCAGAGGCCUCCGAUCAACCUGCAGGGAAGUCGGUGCUCCUUCAGAAGGCCAUUGCUGACCAGAUCAAAGCUCAGCUGGCCGUGCCCUGGCUUCCCCCCAACUGUCGACUGCCCAUCCAGUGCAAAACACAGAGCCGAGGUCCGUGCUACCGGUUCUCCUCACAGCCUCUGAGCGUCCCCUAUUCCCUCAAAGUACCACAGAACAAGCUGUCCAAAGAGGUCAAGGAGUACUACAGGGAGUUCCAGCGUGCGGUGACGUCCCAGCCGUCGCAGCCCGUGGCAGUGCCCGCCUCCCUGCUGGAUAGACACGCCUCCGAGCUGAGUGCCGCCCAGGAGUGGGAGGCUGAGUGGAACAGCCAGGGCCUCCUGUCCCGACUCACCCCUGAGGAGUACCGUUCCCGGAAGCGUUCGCGUCUGCAGCGGCGGAUCGAGGAGCAGCUGCGCGCGGCGGCCCAGCCUCGGCCGGACUCCCAGGGUGCCCAGCGGUCCACCUCUGACCUCGCCGAGCUGCUGCAGUCCUUCGGCGGCGGCUCGUCGGGAGUGGACGUCCUUGCCAAGGGCACGCGGUUCACACACACCGAGAAGUUCACCUUUACACAGGAGCUGGAGCAGAUGCUAUUGGCAGCAGCAGCAAGCUCCUCGGCCAGUGAGCCGGAGAAGAGUGCUCAGCAGCAGCUGGCGUCUGCGUCCGCGUCGGGGGGCGGCAGUGCGCGGCGCUCAGAGGAGGAGCUCCGUGCGCAGCAGCAAGAGGAGAUCAACGCCCUGCAGCAGCAGCUCCAGCAGCUCUCCCUGCAGAUGGAGGAGGUGGGAGGAGACAUCAGGAACCUCACCACCUCCAUCAAUCAGAUGUCCGAAGAGCUGAAGGAUAUGGAAAAGAGCAACACGGAGAACGAAGAACUCGUCAGAGUGAAAAAGCAGACGAUGGAUCUCCUGCCAGACGGGGAAAACAACCUCGAGAAACUGCAGAACCUUGUGGAUACGAGUGUGAAAAGACUUGACCAUCUGAAGGCCCAGUGGGAGAAGCACAAAGGCCCACUACUGGAGGAGCAGCAGAGACUGAAGGAGCUCUGCAGCAAUCAGGAGGCGGAAUCUGAUAGAAUGUUGGCCGAGAUCAAGGAGCUUCACGACAAGAUCCGGCAGUCUGCGGAGGAGGCCAAGAAGAAAGAGGCACUUUACAAACAGUUGUUAACAGAGUAUGAAAAAUUGCCAAAAGACGUCUCAAGGUCUGCGUACACUAUGAGGAUUCUGGAGAUCGUUGGCAACAUUAAGAAACAAAAGGAGGAGAUCACUAAGAUUUUGUCUGACACUAAGGACUUGCAGAAAGAGAUUAACAGUUUGACCGGGAAGCUGGAUCGUACAUUUGCUGUGACUGAUGAGUUGGUUUUUAAGGAUGCGAAGAAAGAUGAGUCGGUCCGAAAGUCUUACAAGUAUUUGGCAGCAUUGCACGAGAACUGCACACAACUCAUCCAAACCAUUGAGGACACGGGCACCAUCAUGAGAGAGAUCAGAGAUUUGGAGGAACAGAUCGAGACUGAGAACAGCAAGAAGACCCUCACCAACCUGGAGAAGAUUCUAGAAGACUACAAGGCCAUCAGGCAGGAGAACUCCACCCUGGCAGCCAAGAUCAAGGAGGCCUGAGUUCCCAUGGAGACAGACGCCCACCACAGUGCCCUUUGAGGAUGUUGGUGCCAAACGGCAACAGCGAGGUAGAUCGCCCAGAGAGAGAGAAAGAAAGGUGUGCAUUUGCUGCAUAUGGGGACACCACCACCGCGGACGGAAGAGAGGAGAGGAACGACGAUUCACUAUCUGCACUUACCAGCCACCCUCAUCCACCUCAUCGCUUCUCCUAUCCAAGCACAUACUGCACACGCUGGGUGUUAUUUUUUGUCCCACAGUGUGUGCAAGAAGGAGAAUUUUGUUGUUUUUUUUGUACUGAGGACUUUUUUGUUUUGUUUUAAGGGCACAAACUUGAGGCAAUAUUAAUGCUGGAGAUAUGAAUGAGAUUCUGAUAGUCUAGUUGGUUCGAAUGUUGAAUGACAAGAGGCCUAAAAGAGAGACUGCUUUUUUGCAUCAUCACGCAGUAAUCAUUUGAUUGUCUAUAGAUUUGUUAUGGCAGCAGUUGAUCCCCCCCCUCUCUAUAUUUAUCAAAUUGCCUCAUUAACAAUGAGAAUGGAAGAAUAAACUAAAACCGAACACGUGAUGUUAAUCAAAAUCAGCAGACUCUUGGAAAAUGAAUUAUGAUUUUACUUGAAUGUUAAAAACAAACAAAAAAAAUCUUAACAGUUCUUUCGAUCAUUGGGACCUUUUUUGUUAAGUAGUGGUUGGAUAACAUUGUGUUCCUGACUAAUCAGCAUUUUGACUGUCAAGAUGCAGAGCUCUCAACUGCCACGUAGUCUGUUGAUGGCUCGCAAAUGCCUUAGAAGACUGGAAAGGUACAAUGUAAAGACUUAUGGUGCAAUUAAUUCUACUACACCAAGCUUUGUACUCCAAACUGGUCAAACGAAUGCUAAAGAGACUACCUUCUCGCUCCUGUUUUGUAAAAUUUCCUUGUUUCAUGACUCGCUGUUUCCCCCAGUGAAGCAACACACUUACCAGUGAGAAGAACAUUCCGGUGCAAUUUGCCGAAGACUGUGCCAAGAUUUCUACAUGUAGUGUAAGCACUUCCAAAACUUUGCAAAUGGAGAGAGAAGAAAACAAAA